AUGAUACCACGUGCAGAAGAUAUCAGCCAAGAUACUAAAGAAAGAGAAGACGAGUUCACCUUUGAAAGCGAACAUGUCAAACAUGUCCAGUGGUAUGAUCGUAUACUACUCAACAGACCGUUAAAGGUGCUGAUAGCGGUAUUAUUGACAGCGGUAGCUGUACCGCUGUUAAUAUACCAGUUCUGGUUAUACCCGAGCGUGGAUUCUCCACCCCCGGACGGAUACUCAACAGGAUCGUGUCUACUGCAGAGGGCCACUAGACUUGCAUGCGGAAUUGGUUAUAUAAACGAGAUCAACUGCCACCCACAAUGCUGUUACGACCAGCAGAACAAAUUCUGCUUCCAUAGACUGCCAUCUCGCUUCUCGUACAUAAUGGACCGCCAAUGGUCAGAGAACGUCACGUUGCAGCCGAGAGUUUCGACCGUUCCGUUCUCCUUCCAGAACAGCGUACCAUCCCUGAAGAUAUCCGUCGACGAGGUUUCACCGACACACCUAUCGAUCAACUUUUACAACGCUCGGUUCACGAACAGUGUUGGAGGUAGAAGAAUAGAGAACAAAGCAUACAAUUACGUCAUAUCAUCGCCUGAAAUGAACGUCCUUGUUACAUCGGCACAAGGGAAUAUUUUCAAUACUUUACGGGGUCCGUUGAUAGCCUCGCGAAACAUUUGGGAGAUAUCGUUCAAGACGACCAACGAGACAAUGUACGGCCUGGGCGAAAUUCCGCUGAGACAAGGAACUGUCAAAGUUAUAUACAGCAAUGACAAAGGCGAAAGCUCUAUACCACUCAUAUUUAGCAAAAUAAACGAAUCGUACCAUGGCUUGCUGAUUGACACAAGUGCACCGACGGAGGUAUCAGUAUUGAACGAAAAUCAGAUAGUAGUAAGAAGCAUAACCAAUUUUGGCAUGAAGUUCCACUUGUUCACGGGACCGAGACCAGAGGAUGUAACGAAAGAAGUGAUGAAUUAUAUCGGUCAUUUUAAAAACUUCGAAUACUGGAUGCUCGGAGCUCAUAUCUGCAGUGAAAUUUCAGAAAGUCCAGACGACGCUUUUACUGAUCUAAAUGAUUUCGUCAGUAAAGCUACGUCACAGCGUCUUCCUUACGAAAGUCAUUGUGGUGCAUUACCGAUCGUUUUCAAAAGUGACAAGUGUGAUUUUUCUGAAAGAGAUAUAAUCGAUAGAGGAGCACAGUUGAUUCGGCGAGCCAACAAACGUUUUGUGCCUCAUUUAUCGCCUUAUAUUCGUCACGAGGAACCCGAAGAAUCAAUGGAAGAAGAUCAAACGGAUCAAAGAAGUGAGGCCAACUGUUCAAUCGUACCAAGAUUUGAGAGGUACAUGUUAAGAAAUUCAAAAACUUUAGAGCCAUAUCAAGGUAUGGUUGACGAUGCCAAGGUGUUUUAUCUUGACUACGACUCCACACCAGAAGAGCUGGUAAAAGAGUUGUGGAUUUAUACUGCAGAUUUAGACGGAAUUGUUCUUGAAAACAACUGGCCCCUCGAUGAGUCAAAAAAAGCCCACAACGAAACAGCCAUGUUUUUACCUUACUUUAACGAGAAUUUUAAGGGGGCCUUCAACCGUUCGCCUCAAUGGAAUCUAACACUUCCCAAUGACGGCGGUAAACACAUAUACAAGCACAAUCUGUACGGUAACAGUUUUAUCAACGCCUCGCAGAAAAUAUUCGACAGGGAAAUACCGAAAUGGUCGACCAGCCAGUGGAUGAACGGUGGGGUGGCCAUAAACCGACAAAAUGUUGCCACGUCGUGGACGUCGCUUCACAAUGAGCUUACAGCCAUGUCCCUCGGUGGAGUUUCCGGACAUUCGUUUUGGUCGUCUCCAGUUUGCGGUGACAAUGAGGAUUUCGACAUUGACAGGCACGCUGAAUUGUGCGUCAAAUGGUACAUGGCCGCGUCGUUCUUCCCAACUCUCAAGAUCCACUCCAAAACGACAGCGAGGGACCCAUUGCAAUUCGUCGGAACUCACAGAGCCUACAUAAACAGCGCACUCAACACCAGGCUGAGUCUGUCGCCGUACUUCUACGCAGUUCUUCAAGAGGGACCGCUUUUGCGACCAAUGUUCUAUCAGUACCCGAGUGUAUCAGAGCUGAAGGACGUGAACACACAAUUUAACGUGGGCAACGACCUGCUGAUCGUGCCGAAUUUGCAGCCGAGCCAAACGCACGUCCAUAUUUCUAUGCCAACCGGGACUUGGUACGAGCUGUGGGGCGGCUUAAAGCUGAAUGCGUCGGUUGGCGAGAUCGUCACCAUGGCAACGACUUACGCUGAUUUCCUAAUUUUAGUCCGUGGAGGUUCGAUAAUUCCUCUACAAAAGAAUGUCAGCGAGACGGCGGAACAAACAAGGUUGAAUUCAAGAUUCACCCUCAUAGCAGCAUUACGAUCUACAAACUCGUCAAAAAAUGCCACUGAAUGGGAAUGGGAAGCUACAGGAAGUAUUUUUACGUCAACUAAUUUGACUAUAAAUAUGCAAGCAAACGACGAGGAGUUGUCUAUAAGUGCGGUCGGUGAUGGAUACGAAAUUAUGUGCGACACAAACGAAAACAAGCAAGAACGAAGGAUGCCAAACAUCAAAGUGUUCUCAGGGAGCUCUCAUCCAGAAAUUGCGAAGAAAAUCACCGAACGUCUCGGUCUAGAUUUGGGCCGGGCCACCACCAAAAAGUUCAGUAACAAAGAAACAAAUGUUGAAAUUGGAGAGUCAGUUAGAGGCGAGGACGUGUACAUAGUGCAAAGUGGAUGCGGGGAGAUAAACGACAAUCUAAUGGAGCUUCUGAUAAUGAUCAACGCCUGCAAAAUAGCUUCGGCCUCCCGUGUCACGGCGGUCAUACCAUGCUUCCCGUACUCGAGGCAAGACAAGAAGGAGAAGAGCCGAGCGCCCAUAACGGCGAAGCUCCUCGCUAAUCUAAUCUCGGUUGCUGGCGCGGACCACGUGAUCACGGUCGACCUACACGCCUCCCAAAUCCAGGGCUUCUUCAACAUUCCCGUGGACAACCUGUACGCAGAGCCGGCCAUCACGAAGUGGAUUAAAGACAACAUACCGGAGUGGAGGAGCAGCGUGAUGGUGUCGCCGGACGCUGGCGGCGUAAAAAGGAUGACGUCCAUCGCCGAUAACCUGGACAUAGACUUCGCCAUCAUCCACAAGGAGAGGCAGAGGGCCAACGGAGAAGAAUCAACGGUACUGGUCGGCGACGUGACGGGCAGAACGGCGAUCAUGGUCGACGACUUGGCGGACACCUGUGACACUAUUGUGAAGGGCGCGGAGAAACUGAGGGAGGCGGGGGCGCACAAAAUCUACGCCAUUCUGACGCACGGUGUCCUUGCGGGCAACGCUAUAGACAAAAUAAACAACUCCUGUUUGGAGGCGUUGGUGGUCACUAACACCAUACCGCAAGAGAAACACAUGAAGCUGUGUCCCAAAUUGCAAACCGUGGACAUAUCUGUGAUGUUGGCCGAAGCGAUAAGACAUAAAUACAACAAGUUAGUGAACAAGGCCACAAACAAUUGCGCUGUUCGGACAAAGGUUAUUUUAGAAACGUUAUAUGCGAUUAAGAUCAACAUGCCUCCUCUGCUUUAUAAAACUGAUGGUAGUCCCCCGGCACGCGCUGUGAUGAUGGUAGCCGAUAUACUUGGAUUAAAUCUAAAUAUGAAGGAAGUAAACCCCGUCUUAAGGGAACAAGACACGCCAGAAUUAACGAAGAAGAACCCAAUGAGAACUGUUCCGUUAUUGGAGGAUGAUGAUUUUUUCUUGGCUGACAGCCACGCCAUUAUCAUUUACCUCCUCGACAAGUACGGCAGACCGGAGCACGAAUCUCUAUACCCUUCUGACAAGAGAACGCGUGCUACUGUAAACCAGAGGCUGUUUUUCGAUUGUGGUGUUCUGUUCCCCAGACUCAGGUCCAUAAUGGCCCCUACAUACGGCGGGAGACUGACAGAAAUAUCACCAUCCAUGAUAAGGAACGUUGACGACGCAUAUAGAAUACUUGAAGCAUACUUAAGCAACACAAAGUAUUUGGCGGAAGACGUCAUUACCAUUGCAGACAUCAGUGUUAUUACGACAAUGUCCACAUUAAAUGGAUUGCACCCUAUAGAUGGAAAGAGAUAUCCUAAGUUACAAGAAUGGUUCAUAGACAUGUCACAACAGGAAUACUGCAGAAGAAUUAAUGAACCAGGAAGCAAAUUACAUGUUGAUAGUUUGAAAACAUUAUUGGAAUAUAAUAAAAGUAAAAAGUCAAAGCUA